UACGAUCUGUUGCUAUACAUUAAUUCAAUAUAUCUGUUGCAGAAAAUGGUGUUGAUGGAGAAAUAUUGUUCCAUCUUAAAGAUGAAGACUUAAAAAGUAUGCUACCAGGGAGAGUGGGGAUUGUCAGGAAAAUCAAAGUAUUACUGCAAGCAAGAAAGACACCUGAUUUGGAAAUUCAGGAAUUCUCAGUGCCUUCUGGCUCUAGUGAAGAAGAGGAAGCUGAAUGGCAUUCGUCAACUUCUAGUGCUGGAACUGAAUGUCCCCUUCCCAUAUACUCAACUAGAGUCCGAGGUUGGCUCAGUAAUAGUGUCGAUGCCUCCAAGCAUCUGGACAAAAUCAUAGAGGAGACUGCCUAUCAUAUCAUUGCACACAAGUAUAAUAUGAAAUCCAAGACACAAUAUGAAGUUUUUGGUAAAUCAUUAGUGGCUGAACAUCCUAACCUUGCAUUCAGUUCUGGAUCAUCAAAAUGGAGAGUCGUGACACAGAAGCUUUCCCAAAAGCUCAGAAACAUUAGAUGGAGGGAAAAUAAACGAAUCAAUAAAACUAGUAAGGGAGAUAAAAGAAAGCCGGGAAAUGGAGCUCGCUUUUAUAUAUGUCUUCCCAAAGAUAGUGGUAGGUUACUUUUCAUUAACAGUUUGAAAAUCAUUAUAGAUAAUCACAUGUCCUUUGAGGAGAUUGAAGAAGAGUUGAAAGUUGCAGUGGAAGCUGAUGAAAAAGUAGAAAUUCAAUUGAUACUUGAUUUACAAAAAGAAUUGAAGUCAAAAGGAAGAAGAAAGGGUCAAAAGUUAAAGGCUGCAAUAACUGUGAAUGAAGAGUUUGAGAGAGCUUUAAUGGGAAAAUGGAAAAAACCAACAAAUCUAUCUGUACCUUAUUUGUAG